UUCUCGCUUUGUUUUGUGUCUUGUUAGUUCUGUACAGUGAAAACAAACUGUGACGUGGCUAAUCCUGGUGAACAAAAGGAGCGAUAAACACUCACAUCUUUAUCUGUAAACUGUAAAAUAAAGUAUUUUAACGUUUAGAAACUGCAGACAACGAAGAAGGACGUUUGUCGUGACUCGUGAAUGAAGAGCAAAGUGUCAGCAGGCUAACAAGCUAACAGGUUAGCAUCAAGACUUUGACAGGAGAGAGUUUCUCUUCAGAGGCAUGAUCUAGGACGUUAAAGAUGUCCGACAGUGAAGCUACAGCAGCAGCAGAGGGUCCAGAGGUCGCUGCAGAGAGUCCCGAUGUUUCUCCUGCUCAAACACCCGACAGCUCCUCGCCGACCCCGCCCGACACCCUGACUGACGUGGCCCCGACGAGGAAAGCCAGGAGGAGACCAGAGCCCAAACCUGCAGCGGAGGUUGAGCCGACGCCAAAAGUAGAGGAGCAGCAGCCUGCCAAGGCUCCCAGUGAGUCCACCGUGUCUCAGGGUAGUUGGGGUUAUUGGGGCAGCUGGGGCAAAUCCAUCCUAUCUACAGCAACAGCUACGGUGGCCACAGUGGGCCAAGGGCUGAGUCAGGCGAUAGAGAAGGCCGAGACGUCGCUGGGAAUCCCGAGUCCGACCGAACUCUCAGCUCAAGUCGAGGAGGAGCAGAAACAGCAGGGUGAAUCCGGCGCUGAGCCCGACGCGGCCGCUGGAGAGGGAUCAGCAGCCGUUGGGAGUGCGUUGGGAAUGCUGUCGUCGUUUACGAGCGUCGUCCAGAGCACGGGGAAAACGGUGAUAACAGGCGGCCUCGAUGCUCUGGAGUUUAUCGGAAAGAAAACGAUGGAUGUGAUCGCUGAAGGAGAUCCGGGCUUCAAAAAGACCAAAGGCCUGAUGAUCAGGAACGCCACUCUGUCUCAGGUGUUGAGGGAGGCGAAGGAGCGAGAGGAGCUGCAGACGGCGGAGGUGGAGGGCUCGGACUCGGAGAAGAAGGCGGUCGCUCACUACGGGAUGCUGUUUGACGAGUUUCAGGGUCUGUCGCACCUCGAGGCGCUGGAGAUUCUGUCGAGAGAGAGCGAGUCGAAGGUGAAGUCAGUGCUGACCACUCUAUCUGGAGACGAGCUGGUUCAGUUGAGGGAGGAGCUGGAUCUCAUGAAGGACUCGUUCUCACUGGUGGAGUUUGACGACGAGGAGGUGGACGAGAAGAAAGAUGAGGACGGUUCAGAGUUUGAGAAAGAGUUAACGGAGGCGUUGGCGGGCCUCAGCGUCACCGCCACCGCUGACAAACUCAGCAAGGCCUGUAAGAGCGUUUGCAGCCAGAUCACGGACAUUAGCCGAGCAGAGAGGGAAGAGGAGGAGAGCGACGAGGACACUCAGAGAGCUCUCUCUGUGGAGGAGGUUCACGCUGCAGCCAUCAGAAGUCUCGCAGAGCUGACAGCUCGAUCCAUCGAGCUUUUCCACAAACUGGCCGAGAUGAUCCUCUUCUCCAACGGCAGCACCGAGGCCAGCGCUCUCUCCCAGUUAACUGUCAUCCUGUGUAAAGAAAUCUCUCUGCUUUCUAAGAAGUUCACUUCCUGCUUAACAACAACAGGGUCGAACGAGAAAGGAGAUGUCCUCAACCCGCUGAUAACGGGAGUCUUCCUGGAGGCGUCCAACAGUGCGUCUUACGUCCAGGAUGCUUUCCAGCUGCUGAUGCCCAUCCUGGAGAUCUCUUACAUCCAGAGGAAAUCUGAAUCCACCGAUCAGUGACCGCCCUGACGUCGCCUCAGGCCCGUCGUCACCGUGAAGAACUGACACAAAUGUAAUAUUUUUUUUGU